AUGAACAAAUCACGAGUAUUUUGUCUGGUAGGAAGGUGAGUUUAUUUUAUAGCGUCCGUUUAAUCAGGUUAACAUUAACUACAGAACGCGCAUUUCUUAAUGGCUUUAAAUUUGAUGACGCUGUAUAUGGAUAUAGCAAUAUGCUAUCGAAGUCGAAUGGUCUAAACGGUGAAAAUUUGGUGAGAAACGGUGCAAAAAAAUUAUCUUUAUCACUAUUUUUGAUAAAAUUUUAAGUUUGUAUAGUUUGCUUAAAUUUUUUUUCACUCGUUAUUAAACUCCGAGGCACCACAACCUCCUGCAUUGAGAAGAAAGGCGUGUUAAAAAAACCCGCAAAAUUUGGUACCAGCCUGAAAGCAUUACGACGGUUUUUUUUUUCUUGAUAGGUGGACCUCCCUUUAAGAAUUAACACUUAACGUUUAGAAAAUGUCUUUUCUUUUAUUAUUGUCACUUGAUUACGCUAGUAAACAAGCAAAUCACGAAGACGUAUUUGCAAAUUUCGAGAGGAAAGCCACAGUGGUUUGCCACCUGUUAUACCACCAUACUUAUUUAUCCACCUGGGUUUUACUUACGAAACGAUUUUGUGUUCAGACCGCCAUUGUUGAUAUGAUUAUGCGUUGUUUUUACAAGUAAUUGAAACAUUACUCAUCACUAAGUUAAACUAUCCCAUUUCAUUUUCAGAGAUCCGAUUUCACGCAUAGCAACCGCAGAAAACGUCGGAGACAUUUAUGAAACGACUCUUGCAUCUUCCACCGCGUAUGAAUUGCCAAGUGCGUCUGACAAACCGCGACAAAGUCCUGCCCCAAUUCGUUGGAGUCAAGCAUCGCAGAAACGCGAUAGCUACGUCGCAGCGAUAAGCACUUCGGAAAUAAACCUUGAGCGCAUCGCUACCGGUAAAAAUCCUUCGACAAUGGAGGAAAUACUUUUACAAGAUAUGGGCGAUCAAGGUCUAUCGGGAUCGAUAAGUAAACGUGAAUUGUUGAAUAAGGUGGGACUCUACUUGAUUUAAUGUUUGUUGUGUUAGUGCAUGGUGUGAUACAAGACAGCAGUAGGAAACAUAUGUCAGAAGUAAAAUCCGUAUUCAGUAUUGUUUUAAAAAUCAUAUUGUAAACCUAAACAAUUGACACCUUUCUCCUUUCGUGUAAGCUGCAGGAAAGAUGUUUACAUUCAAGGUCUCCACAAGUUGAUGCAGUAAAUUUAGUUUUCAAAUGAAAAUAACAGAAAGCAAACUUUGUAGUAUAUGGGUUUCUUUAAGUUAAAGGAGGCUUCGGCCAUCUUAGUAUAAGAUCUCAUAAUGAUUUUUGUCUAACGUGGUUCCUUGCAAUUUUAUCCGAGCCUUCUUAGGUAGUGAGCAGAAAUCCAAUAACAAUCACAACUAAUUUGAUUUGAUUAAAUUUUAUUUGUUUUCCACGCAGAAAAUUGAUUACGUGUUAGUUUAUUCUGAACCUGAGUUGGAGAAGAGAAAUGAAGAGGAAGAAAGGGAAAAAGCGGAAAUGAGAGAAAAAUAUGAGGAGAAUCUGAAAAAGCAAGGCUUGAUGAUAGAACACGUAACAUCUAACAAACAGGUUUGAAAAUACAAUACUUAAGGAAUCGUUUGAGUGGUAUGUUGGCAAUUAUACUUUCGGCCUUAAUUUGACAGGUUCACUGCAACAUCCAGGCCCCGGUUGUUCGAAGGUCGGAUAACGCUAUCCACAGAAUAAAUCUCUAUCCGGUGGAUAACGCUCUACGGUUUGCCAUCACUUAUCCGCUGGAUAGCAAUUUAUCCGUUGGAUAACGUUAUCCGCCCUUUGUACCGCUGGGCCUAGAUCUGUAGAUAUAACAUUUGUAAUUUAAUCUUUCCUGAAAGUAGAUUUAUUUCUGUAAUGUAUUGAAAUCCUUUGGACUAAACAGACAUGACAGUUCUAAUCCCUGAAAAUGAAUUUUUAUUUACUUAUUUUUUUUUUCCAUCGUAGGAAAACCUUACCUUUGUUCUUGUCCACGCUCCCUGGGACGCUCUGGCCAAGUGCGCAGAGGAAAUGAUGAUUCGGGUUCCUGUUCGCGAGCCUGAAAGGCUAAUACACCUCAAGUCUUCGAAAAAGAGUAAAUGGCUUCAAAAGGCCAAAAAUGUUCUUAAUAUUUUCCAACUUCAAGAUCGUUCUCUCAUGAAACCUGAUCGUCAGGUAACCGCGGUUUUUAGUCGGGCAAAGUCGGACUGUUUCCUUAUCGAAGACAAGGAAACGUUUUUUUCCGACAUUGACCGAAGUCGCAUGACCCAUCGCUUUCUACUCUCGACGAAGUAUUCGUCUGAAAUGGACGACUUCGGAAUCUCUCGUCUGCUGCAUAAAGGGGUCUACGAAUGUGCAUAUCCCUUGCAUGAAGAUCUUCGGACAGAGAGCGAAGAUAAUCUUCCGACAAACGAACGUCAGCGAUUAUGUCAAAACUGGGCGUCUUUUAGUCAGUGGUACAAGUAUCAGCCCCUUAGUGCGAUAAAGAAUUACUUUGGAACUCGUGUAGCAUUGUAUUUUGCCUGGCUAGGAACAUACAAUUUCAUGCUUGUUAUUGCUGGUUUAAUCGGCCUGUGCUGCUUCAUCGUUGGUCUUAUAACAAUGGAAACAUUUCAACCAGUUAAGGAGAUUUGCGAUGAGAGAAACUCCGAGUUGUUUUACAUGUGUCCGCUUUGUGACAAAGAUUGCAGUUACUGGACCCUAACAAAAAGCUGUGAUUACGCUACAGUAUCACAUCUGUUUGACCACGAAGGAACGGUGUUCUUCGCGGUUUUUAUGUCUCUCUGGGCAACCGUGUUUCUGGAGAUGUGGCGAAGACGCGAAAUAAGCUUAGCUCACGAAUGGGACAUGUUGCAUUUUGAAGAACAAUUUGAACCACCAAGGCCAGCUUUUGUUACAAAGGCCAAAAACAAGCGACCCAACCCUGUGACAGGCAAAUUGGAGCCCUACAUUCCGUUUUCGUUGCGUGCGGGGAAAUUCACGUGUGGUUUUAUAAUAGUUUUGUUCAUGGUUUUACUCGUAAUUGCUACUUUAGUUGGAGUUGUCAUUUACAGAGCAGCUAUGGUCGCUGUUUUGUCCGCCUUCCCGGACGAGGACAUACAGAAGGGCGCGCGAAUUAUAACCUCUUUGACAGCUUCUGUUCUGAAUCUUGUCGCUAUUACUGUGCUGGGAGUUGUGUAUGAGAAAAUAGCGGUCGCGCUAACCGAGUGGGAGUCCCCCCGGACCAGAACAGAGUAUCAAAACAUUUUAACACUAAAGCUAUUUUCUUUUCAGUUUGUAAACAUGUACUCGUCGCUGUUUUACAUUGCGUUCUUCAAAAGCAGUCGUAUCGUGGGAUAUCCUGGGAACUAUAAUCGAAUCGGCGCGGGAAGAAUGGAAGGAUGCGACCCAUCGGGAUGUUUUAUUGAGUUGUGCAUUCAGUUAGCUGUUAUAAUGGUUGGCAAGCAGUUCAUCAAUUCCAUUUCCAAGUUUGCUAUGCCGUGAGUUUUACCAAGUUUGCUGUGCCCGGCGUCUGUCUUUUUUUGUCUUUUCUUUUUCGUGGUAACUUGUAUUAAGUUAGAACUGAGAAACGGAAUGAGAGCUGAAAUGUCUGUAUCAGGCCCCAGAUGUUCAAAAGGAGGAUAACGCUUAUCUGAUGCUUGUCUGUUUUCUGGGCAUUUAUCCGCUGGAUAGCAAGGUUCUUUGAACAGAGUUAUCCAACCCAUAAAAAACAACGUGAGAACUUUGGCUGGGUCGACUGAUCCAAGCAAGGGGGGGGGGGGGGGGUUGAAAGGAUGGUUAAAAUUACUGUAUUUUUGUGAGUACACUUGGAGAGAACAAACCACUCGUACUUAGUAACUUAUGAUACCUUUCCCUCGUUCGUUAGUUUGCUCGCUUGUUCGAAAUUUCUUUGGAUUGUUACAUAACUGCCCGCUCUUUGCUUCGUUCUUUCAUUCGUAAGUUCGUUCAUUUGUUUUAAAGAAUGGUUCGUUUGUUUCUUUUUUUCAGAUCUUUCGUGCGUUGGUGGUACGGGCGUAAGGAAAAAGGAUCAAACGCACAUCCUGAACAGUGGGAGAUAGAUUAUCUAAUUAAUAGUGAACCGGAGUUGAGAAUGUUCUACGAAUAUCACGACAUGGGUAAUGUUUGGUCUUUACUUGGUUUGAAGUCUCAUGUUGAUGGCUGUGUGUUGUUGAUAUAUUGAUGUUGUCUUCGUUGUGUACCAAUUAAUGAUAGAAACGAACCUCAUCAAUGGGCUUGUAAACAGUUCCUCAUUGUAAGAUCGUCAAGGUAAAAAGCAAAGACUAGGAUUUUCCCGCCAAAAUGACGCAAAUUCACGUGUAUGUUAAUUUCUGUAACAGGUAAAUGUAAUUUUCAGGUUUCUCUUUUUAAUCUGGGAAUUAAAAGAAGUACUUUUUAGUGAAUUUUGAUAUAGGUGGUUCAUCUUAAGCGAAUUCUAGGUCCUCCAUCAGCGGAAACGAACGGAUAGGCAGGGGCGUGAAAAAUUACUUUCGCGUAGUGAGCUGGAGCGUGUAGGAAAGUACCGUUUCUUUGCGACCGCAACAGCAGCACCUGCUUGUUUACCAUUUUCUCGCGCCUGCUCUUCUUCUCGUCUCCACUAUCCGAGGGCCAGGCUCGAACUAACCAAGCUUUCCUUUCAUUUGAUGUCCAGUAAUCCAGUUUGGUUUUGUUACCAUGUUCGUGGCUGCAUUUCCCCUGGCACCUUUGUUUGCACUCAUCAACAAUAUCCUGGAACUUCGCAUAGAUGCCAUUAAUUUCGUCGUUAACUUCCGCCGACCAGUAGCAGAGCGGGCUCAAGGGAUUGGUGUCUGGUUCGGAAUUCUACGCACCAUGAGCUGGUUUGCCGUAGUAGUGAACUCUUUUGUGAUCGCCUUUACAUCAGAAUUUAUUCCAAGGUAUGUGUGCUAAAAUAAACUAUGUUUCACGCUUCCGGGAUGUCAAAUGUGAUGUACAAGUUCGGUUGAGCAUUGUCACUUGAAAGGGAGGCUUCACUACGCCUGGUCACUUCUGUGAUAAACUUGUGUAGCUGGGGCUUGCACAGAGUAAAAGAUAUCGGGGAAGGUAGAGAGGGGGAGAACUUUGCCUCUAUCCCGUUGGAGGAGGGGGUGGGGAAGUGUGGGGAAGUAGGAGAGAAGCCCUGAGGUGAUAGACUAACUCCUCGCUAACAGAAGCAGAUAUUUUUCUGGCCGCCUUUUGUAAAGUCAACUGCAUUGUACCAUUCACUCUAACGAAGGGCUAACGCUCGAAACGGCAGCUUUGAAACUCCUUACGGUGGCCAAUUUACGUUAUCAACUCUGGCAGUUGAUCAAACCAAAUCAUCUCAUUGCGUAACUGUACAAUAGGUUUGAAAGUAUCAUAUAUAGGAUAACAGAAUUAAAGUUUUGGCCUUUGAAACCUAUCAUACUGCCCCGAAGUCUUCUGACCAGUAGUGGCAGUGUUUUGAGAUCAAGUGUUCUAUAAUUCAUUUUAUUUACGUUUUACUUUUUUUUAGGGAAGUCUACAAAUACGCAUACAGCUCCGAUGGAAGUUUAACUGGCUAUGUCAACAACAGCUUGUCUUACUUCAACAUUAAAGACUUCAGUGAGCUGUCCCUACCUCGGGAUCCUUUCAAAAACUUACCUUACAACAAAACCUAUUGCAGGUAAUCUUAGAACUUUACAAAUUAUUUUGUCAUUUAACCGCAUAAUUUCGUGAAAAGGUUGUGGUUAUUCAUCGCACGGCUCUCCUGUCGUUGUGUUUUUUGAUCGUGGGCAUCCACGCUUCUGGAAUUUCUAUUCCACUAUCCCUGUUGAUGUUGUUAGGGUGAAGUCUUAUGUGAAUUGCCUCUUUGACCCUGCGCGAGUAGUAGUAGCGGAUCGCCGAGGGAGCAAAUCACUGAGUGAACGGCAAGGAUCGAAUUGCACCAAUCAGAGCUGUUGAAAAAACAACUAAUCACAGCAGGGCAUCAUGCUCUAUUAGAUCACGCAUGACCAGUAGACCUCGUCGCUUGAAGAAGACUAGCAGUAUGCAGUCGAAACGUCGCGAUCUACAUCACACGUGACUACAUCGUAAGACAAACGAAAAACUUAUCUUUUAACUGCAUAAAUGUUAGCCAAACUUACUGAGCUGAUAUUUGUUUCACCAGGUACAAGGAGUACUUUGACCCACAGGAGCCGUACGAUUUCAACCGACAGUAUUUCUUCGUUCUCGCUGUCCGUUUAGCUUUCGUCAUUAUCUUCCAAUACUUCGUUUUCUUCAUCGUUAGUCUCUUGGAUUGGCUCAUUCCCGACAUUCCCCGCAAACUUGAGGUGAAGAUAAUGCGCGAGAGUUAUGUCGCUAAGCAAUGCUUAACUCGAAGUGAGGCUGAAGCGUCACGUGACCUGGACGCACGUGUGUCGCACACUGAAGGUUCUACAGAUUCUCUUUACAUGUCUUGUGAGAAUGUAAACAGAUCAAGAAAGUCUAGUAGUGUUGCUAAUGGAAGCAGACUUGGUAUCAAUAGAGUGUGAUGACAACGUACAUCAUUGGAGGAUGAAAUUAUCAAAAUCUCGUCUGGGCUUUUCUCUUUGAACUGGGAUUUUAAUUUGGUUGAGCAUGAUUCGAAACUGAUUUUCUGUGUGACUUAUUUUGUAUAUUUUAUUUAGAGUCUUCCUUUUGGUUUUAUGAGUCUGCAUUUUUCUUGGAACAGACUCAUAACAGACAUGUAGCAUAUGUCCUAACCAAAUUCGGUUAAUAAAUGGAAGUGAAUCGACGAACUGCGUUUGCCACGAUUACUUUUUUUCACUAUCACAAAGGUCAAAUGUCCGGGGCUUCCACUCUGGCUCAGGCUAACGCUACUUUCAUGCGUGUUACAUCCAUUUUUUUUUCAAUUUUAUCUGGUCUGUUUCUCCUUUGAAUAAUCGGCUGAAUGCGAUAUAGAAUUGCUGUGUUAAACCUUCCUUUUUGGGCCUUCCCAUCCUCGCGUUGUGAGCACUCGAAAAAACAUGAGGAAAAAAAUCAGCACGACAGACGCUAAAUUUUUGAUGAGAUUUCCACCUGAUGUAACGAUUUUAAAGUGAGGGCCCUAAAGGGGCAAGACCAUCAUGAAACAUGAAACAUGAAAAAUGUAAAGAAUGUCCUCUACGAGAUUGGCCAACUUCUUCUUCGUGAUUGGCUUAUUAAUGCGCGAAUUUUUCACAUAUUUAUGAUCGGUGUUCGAUUUUCUCGAGUGCCCGCCACCGUGUUUGCGAGUCGCUGAAUUUUUGAUAAAGCAGAAGUUUGGUUUGCGAGAACUUGAGCCUUUCCCGAGCAACAAGAUAUUUUGAAGUAAUAUGGAGACCAAGAAGCUUGUGGAAUGGUAAGCUGAAGUUUAAGUUUAGCCACAUCAUAUAUAUAACUUAUUGUUAUUUUCUUGCUCCAAUUUGCUGAAAACUGAGGUUGUUAAGGACAACUUGCCGCGUUUGGUCGUACAAGUUCGAUACGCAAAAGCCAUAAAUUACAGCUUCCCAGUCUAGGUACUCGAUUGCCUUCACUAAACAAUUUUCACGACUUCGUUAGAUUACUUCACGACUACUUGAUAAAUAGCCGUACACUUAUUGUCAAAUGUCAUCUUCUUCAACGAAUUUGUUUAAUUUGCCUUUUGAUAUUUCCAUCUGUCGCGUUAUGAAUUAACAAUUUACUUAAGUGAGAAAGAAAGAAAGUUGUUAAAUUGACUUGAAUUCUUUCAAAUUUUUUAAGGCUUUGGAGGCAACCAUUUUGAAUCCAAGCUAAAGAGGAUACUAUUAGAACUUUCAUGGUUGAGGCCUUCAGAACGCCUUGUGUUGUUAUGCUUGUUAUUUUGGUUAAAAUUGUUAUUCAUGUAUUUGAAUGUAUCGUACAUAUCUGACACAUCCACAGGUACGAAACCAAGUUUUUAUACGGCGCUUUGGACGAGAACAAAAAUAUACCCAAAAAGACCCUUAAAGCUGUGUGAGUAUACAUCAAACGGCUGAUCACAGAGUGUAUCUGAUCAUUUCCCUGUCACUAAGCACGCACUUUCUGUCAAAUUCUUUUCUUUUAGUCAAUCUAAAAAGAACGUUCAUGACGAAAACAUGAAUUCCUUAACUUUAGCUGGAGAAACAUCUCCUCCAAAGUCGAACGAUGAGAGGUUAGUUCAUACAUAUUUGUUGAUGACUGUUUUAUUACUAAUAAAAUCAGUGUUCGAGUCUAAACUUCUAAGCUCGUUUAUUGGCUGAGCUGAGAGAGCACCAAUAAAUCCCCAACAGAAAACAAAACGUGCAAAAAGUUAAAAUUAAAAAAAUUUGUGAAAAUUACGUAAGUUUGCAAUAAGGAGCAACUUAUGAGAGUCGUAUUCCUUCUUGUUCUCUCUGAGAAAAACUAAAUAUUCUCAAUCUCAACAUGACUGGGAGAAAUAUCUUUAGAAAUUCUGUAGUUUGUCCUCUCUCACUGACAGAUCUUUAAAUAUCAUCUACGCUUGGACUUACGUUUGAAUACAUAAAAUUUAUGUCGUAGGGGCUGGCCUACCCUACAGGAUAUUCAAAGGUCCAGUCCAAUACUUGAUUUUACUCUUCCAUUUUUAUUUUUUCCGUAAGAUGGCUGGUCACACAAUCAAUUAAAUGCGGGCGCAUAAUGAGUGCGUGACACAUCAUAAGAAACGUGCUGUACGCGAUAAAAGUAAUUUGAGAUUAUUUGCCUGCGGCGAGACAGUCAAGAGAAUUCUAGUGUAAGAUUAACUAUUUACAUAUCUUUCACUUUUGAUGGCACACCCAAGUGCGAGCGGGCUGCGCUCUCGCGUUCCAGCCAACGAAAGUCCUGGUACAGGUCGCGAAGAGUCGUUCGCCGAUCAAACACCACUUUUGGACGAAGAAGCAGUUUUAUCAAAACAUCAAAUGAUGGAGGAGCAGACGCUCGAGAUAGAAUUGGAACACAUCGAAGUCGAAAAGAGGGAGAAAGAACGGCUGCGCUUUCGCGAUGGCAAGCGGCUGAUUGACUAUGUGAUCGCUUACGAGACGCCUUCGGACGAAGAUGAGUUAGACGAGAAGGAGAAGGAAAAACUGGGUGAAAAAGCGGAGAAAAGAGAGAGAUUUCAGCGAAAUUUAGAGAAAGCUGGGCUUGAAAUCGAGUACGAAGAAGAGGUUACUACAAAGGUAAUGUUUAUGUAUUGGUGUAAGAUUCGAUGCAAAUUCAAUCGGAUAUGCUCAAUUCAAUAAAACAAAGAAAGAAAACAGUUUUACUUUUAUCGAAAUAUAGAUGAACAUAUGGCCGAAAGUAAGAUAAAGGAGCACUCAAAUGUUUUUUGGGAAGUUAAGCUUUGUUUUAGUGUAUCUAUACUAAAACAAUUCCAUACGACAAAAUUCUCUUUGCGAUAUUGAUUAUCAUAUGUUGUAUAAAAUUUGAAUAUUUUCGAGUAAACCAAGGUGCUAAAAACCUAAGGAAUUGCCUUUGCGCUCAAAAUAAUGACUAAAAUAGGGUUUUUGAUUGACCUGCUCCUCAUUUUGAGUAUAAAAUAUGUAGAGAAUGAAAUUUCACUUAUGGAACUUGUCAGGGUGAAUCUAUUUAUUUUUGUAGUCGUUGUGGCUCGUGUUCUUUUGUUCUUAAAUAGACAACGUCUGGUGUUUGCUUCCCGUUACACAGACAACAAUAUUUUUGUCUCGCGACGUCUAGAAUGUGCUUUUCUGUAGAUCGUUUAAAGGUGUAUCUCUCUUUUCUUACGAGAAGUUUCGAACGAUGACCCAAAUAUCGUAAGGAUAUCUACAACUUUUCACCUUUGUAGCCCACGACGUGAAAAUAUUUACAUAUCUUAACUUGUCACGUAAUCUUCACACAUUUGUCACGUCUAAGUUAUGAAUAACGUUGGAUCAACACGUGCGCCUUGCAACUUUUAUUACGUGUGUCAGAAAAACACAAUAUUUGCCUAAAGAAAUUUAAGCGUCUUAUUUAGUUCUGUAGCUCGUGAAUUAAAACUAAUUAUAUAUUUUUAUCAAAAAUAUACGUGGAUUGUGAGAAAAAUUCGAAAGAACAAGCAAAAAACGCCCGCGAUACAAAAGGCAAUUUGCAUUUUUACUGUUUCACAAGCUGAAGAUUUAGGAGGACGUCUAAUAGGGCAGCUAAGUCUUUUCUAAAACUGUGAUUCAGUGUUGUUUCGAUCUGAAUUUGAGAGAUGUUUCGAACAUAUUUGAAAAUAGGCACAAACGUACACUAAAAUGUAGGGUGGUAAUUGAGAUAGAGGAGGCUGAAAAUACGGCAUCCAUUUAGGAAUUUAAGAAUGGUCAUUCGUAGACUCUGUUAGCAACAGGACAUGGGACACUAGCUGUGAUCAGACGCACUGUUCGUAACAUCAGGUAGCACAUGUCACGCACACGUUGUAAGAGCACUGAAGUUCAAAGAAACAUCAAUUUGGACGAAAGGGUCACUGACCAGCCCCUUCUCAGUUGGUACUUGUCAGUUCUGUUUUUAUAACAUUUGCUUGCACAUUAUUUUCUCGUGGUGCUAGGUUUCCUUAGUGUUCAGAAUUUAAGAUCUGCACUAGCUCUUCCUGUUCACCGGUUGCUCUUUUGUGGGUCCUUUUUUUUUUGGAUCCUCAUGCCUAAGUACUGACGGAAAAUGACCGAAAACAUUUCGGCUCCUUAUGCUACAAUUGCGGUAAUAAUAUUUAUUAAAUUUCUCAGUCAUGAUCGCUUAACAGUCGAGGUACUCAUUACCACACUUCAAUUUAUAGGACGACAAAACCAAGACACACUUUUUGAAAGUUCACGCUCCAUGGGAACUUUUAAUCAAGACCGCAGAAGAGAUGAUGAUGAAAAUGCCCAUAAAGGUAAUCGAUGUCAUAGAUUUGUGAUUCAUAUUUCUCGAUUUUUCUGUUGUUUGUCGUACAUUUUCUCGCACUUGAAGUAUUUUUCAUUUUACCCUCUCCAUUAGUUUGUUUGAAUAUGUAGGUAUUUACAUUUUUCGAUCUAUUUUCGUUCUGUUUGUUUCAGGAAAGUGAUAUUACAACGAAAGGCUGGUACGAGAAAAACGUAGGAGAAAACAUCCGCGAUAUGAUUGAUCGUACUAAUCCCUUCGAGAUCCACGAUGGCACCAUCACCAAGUCAAGGAAUUUCUUUAUGGGUUACUUCAAGAGCGAUCGCUUAGAAAUUUAUGUCGGCCAUAAGAACAAAGACACUUUCUUCAGCCGAACGGACAGGAGUCGAAUGGUAGAGAACAUCUGUAGUCAUAUUCAGUUUGGUGAAGAAAAGUAUGAUGUUGGAAUUAAAAAAAUGAUUCAUGAAGGAAACUUCACUGCAUCGUACCCUCUCCAUCCUGGUCCCGAAGAAUGUUCUGAGGGGGAACCCCCCACGAACGAUAGGCAGCGCUUGAGGCGUGACUGGGCGCGGUUCGGACGUUGGUUCAAGUUUCAGCCGUAUGACGCCAUCAAGGAUUAUUUUGGUACCGAAAUUGGCCUGUACUUCUCCUGGCUGGGAUUUUACACAGUCAUGCUUAUUCCUGCCGCUCUUUUUGGGCUCUUCGUUUUCUUGUACGGUUUCAUUAACGCACGCGACUUUCAACCCGUAAAAGAUAUUUGCAACAAAUCCAACGAACGUAAAUUCUACAUGUGUUCCCUGUGUGACGAUCAAUGCCCCUACUGGUCUCUGGUCUCAAGCUGUUAUUACUACAUCGCAGCCCAUGCAUUCGAUAACGACAGCACGGUUAUCUUCGCUAUUUUCAUGUCUGUGUGGGCGACGGUAUUCCUGGAAUUUUGGAAGCGACGUCAAGCUGUUCUUGCCUACCGCUGGCACAUGAUGCAUUUUGAAGACGUCGAGGAACAGUUCCGUCCAGAGUUUGUGGCCACUGCCCCAACUUGGCGGGAAGAUCCUGUCACCGGAAAGGUUGUACCUCAUGUCCCAAACAUGACGAAAUAUCAAAGGUUUGCUGGAGUUGGAAGCGCAAUCUCGUUCAUGAUUUUCCUGGUAGUAGCGGCGGUCAUUGGAGUGAUAGCCUACAGGGCCUCGGUGUUUGCAGCUUUAGUGCGCAGCGAAGAAAGCAAUGUGCGGAGAAAUGCCAAGAUUAUUACAAGUGUUACAGCAGCCUUACUUAAUUUGGUGAGUCUUGUUGAACUUUAGCUUAACCUUCUUUCUUCCCCCCCCUCCUUCUCAUUAUCAAUAUGGAUUGCGAUGUAGUCAUUUCAGAGGGAACCACUGAGUGAAAUGCAGAAAAAAUACGCGAUCACGCACAUUUAGUUAUUUUUCGGUCAGUUGAGCAAAUCUUUUAUCAAGUUAUGGAAAAAUAUCUGAAUUAAGGGCAACUUUCAGCUGUCUCGAACAUUUGUCAUGACUUCCCAAUGCAAAACCAGAGUUUUCAAAAGAGAGCUAUACUGAUAUGAAAAGUUUGCGAAUGAUUAGCCUCAGGAAUCGAAAUUCUUUAGUUCAAGUCGUCAUCACGAUUUUUUCAACUGAUUUAGGUUUUCAUCAAUUUGUUGAAAUUCUUCUACGAGAAACUGGCAAUAUGGCUCACCAAUUGGGAGAAUCCGCGAACAGCGACUGACUACAAAGACAGCUUCACCUACAAAAUGUUCCUAUUCCAGUUCGUAAACACUUAUUCCUCGAUCUUCUACAUCGCUUUCUUCAAGUUGAACCUGGUGGUUGGCACACCGGGCAACUACCGGCGACUGGGAGGUACUGGACGCUUAGAUGGGUGUGGCGCUGCAGGUUGCCUCCUCGACUUGUGUAUACAGCUGGCGAUCAUCAUGGUCGGGCAACAGAUUAUUGGAAACAUUACGGAAACUGCCAUCCCGUGAGUAUACCGCAGAAUUCUUGAACCCCUUUGUAACUAGAGGGGUGGGGUGGGGUAAUGAUGUGCACGUCACGAAAGGAAGAAAUAGCUAAAUCACGAUUACCUCAGACAAACCAACCUUUAUAUACCUUCAACUAUUUUAACUUUUCUUUAGUGGCUUGAUGAAAUGGUGGAAACUGCGCCAAGCAAGGAAAGAAACCGAUGACAUCCCUCAGUGGGAAGAAGAUUACAAACUGAGCCCGUUACCAGAACACAGUUUGUUUUGGGAAUACCUGGAAGUUGGUAAUACUCUCUUCUCGUUAUAUUGCAUUGGAAUAGUGAGAGAUAAGGUUGAUUAUUUUUCAACACACGACUAAAUUGUUCAAAUAGGGGGGGCUUACAGUUCCUAUAAAUUAAGACUUUUGAUAAAUGAUUUUACUGCGGGUUUUUAUGCAAAGAGUGUGCUCAUUGGCCGUGUAUGUACUUUAAGUGUCAUCCAUUUUUAUGAGCAGAAAGUAUUUGGCGGAGCGUUGAUUUGGCAGCUUAAACCACAAAGAAAAAGCGUUUUUGUACAUAUUUUGUCCUGAAAGAGAGGGUGCAACAUGGAAGGAAAUGUACUACAUGUUAGAGGCUGAGUGUAUUUCUUUUAUUUUAAAAAGAUACGGAGUCAGGAAUAUCACCCAAGCAACGCUGAUUUUUUUUUUGCAUCAAUUUGUACGUAGUAGUUUCAUUAUAGCGAGUGAUUACAUUUCGCUGUAUUCCCACCGGUCCUUAUCUUUAUUUUUUCAGUGUUACAAUUCGGAUUCGUGACGAUGUUUGUGGCUGCCUUUCCUCUUGCACCACUGUUUGCUUUGCUUAACAGUGCUAUAGAAGUGCGUGUAGACGCUGUCAACUAUGUCUGUCAAUUCCGCCGACCCAUCGCCUCACGCGCUCAAGAUAUCGGAGCCUGGUACCCAAUUAUGGAAGGUUUAGCAAAUGUGUCUGUGUUGGUGAAUGCGUUUGUCAUAGCGUUUACGUCAGACUUCAUACCGAGGCUCGUGUACAUGUACUCCUACAAUAAGGACGGAACUUUGGCGGGUUUCGUGGAAAGUCGUUUGGCGUACUUCAAUAUAUCUGACUACAAAAAGUACAAUUUGACUGGAGAGCCAGGAGAUAAAUACGCAUAUCAAGUGCUGAAUUAUACCAGCGACUACUGUAGGUAAGUCAACAUGCAGCUUUACAAUGAGUGAUGAUAGUUUCGAGUGUAUUAGAGCGCUUUUACGAGAAAAAAGCUGAUAAGAAGGAAGAAAAAAUAAGUUUUAGUAAGAACCAAUUAGGACUCAAAGUAAAAACAAGCAAACUGCUUAAAGCGCGGGAAAACGCGCGUCAGUAAGCUUUUAUUGGUUUUAGGCUUGCAUCUGAUUGGUUGGGAAAGUGGUGCGAGUUUUCCGGACCAAUCACAGAGAAAAGUAAAGUAGAACCAGAGCAAUCUCUGAUCACUUUCGACACUUAAUUGAAAAAGACGCCAUUGGUUUUGUCUUUUACUUGGGAGGUGGAUACGUGGAGCUGAAUCAGUCGCGGAUAGCUUAACUGUACGUGAGGCGUUAAAAAGUACCGGCUUGAAUGAGUUGCAUGGAAGAACAUUUUCAGAAAAUGUCCUAGUCGUUUUGUUAAUAAAUAGACUUUUUAUGACGUGAGAAUGUUUUUUCUUUUUAGCAAAGUAAAAAUUGUUCGAUUUAACUUUUCCCCCUUUGAUGAUAAUGCAGGUACCCAGGUUAUAACGAGCGUGCAUAUCCUUAUGCCUACACUAAACAGCACUGGCAUGUGAUUGCUGCGAAGCUGGCGUUUGUAUUUGUGUUCCAAUACAUCGUUUAUUCAAUCAGAAAGUUUUUAGCCUGGUUGGUUCCUGAUCAGCCAAAGUUGCUGGCGCUGAAAAUCAAACGGGAAGAAUUCCUGGCCAAGGAAGCCCUUCGAGAAAAAGAGACCGAAGAGGUCGAUGUAAACACUGAAGCAGUUGCUUAGUGAGGUUGGUAAAUGAGUUUCUAAAGCAUUGUGACGAACAGAGCUAUUGUGUGGGAAAUUUGUAUCUGUAGAGGAAAUCCUUGUGAAAGCUGCUGGGCGCUGCUGUUGUUUGGCAACGUUUUUUAUAUUGUUCAAUGUGUACUCAAGUAAAAUUCUUUAUAUGCAACAUUGAUAUGUGCCCAUUCAAAUGACAGUAACUAAACAUUUCUUCUGCGUGGUGUUGUUUAUUUCCCGUUUUUGCUGGGUCUAACUUCGUAAUGCUAUUUUUGCACCUUAAAAGAUGACUCAACAAAUAAGUUAGGAUAAAACCGUGAUGUUUGUCCAUACGAAUUAAAUUCUGAAUAUCCAUUCUAUGUCAUUGUCUGAUCGUGGUACGAGGCUUUGUUAAAAUCACCAAAUUUCGUAAGGCGCUGAUCGGUUUCCUUUCUAUGUUUGCAGCAACUGAUCGUGAGCGAUUGAAACUGGCGACUGGACUCUUCAUUUAACAAACGUGGAAAAACUAACCCAAGAGAAAUUAUCCAAGAUUUUCUAAUGCCAUUCUUCAGUAUAUAAUGUAACUAGAUUAACUCGUUCUCCUGAUCAAAGUCUUCGAACGGUUUUGUAUGUAACGUUUUUGUUCGCAUUAGAGUGUUACUUAUAGGAUUAGUUGUUUCCAGACUAGCCUUUGUUCAUCAAAAUGUUACGUUAUCGUGCAAACUUACAUGGUUUCGCUGUCUUUUUAACUCAGAAAAUAAUGGAAACUUCUGGUUUGAUGUGGCAAGAGAAAUUACAUCAGUUGAAGGACGGCGAGGGUGUGCAUGAUCAAAAUAAAUAUAUCCAACAAUAACUGUUAUUUUAAUUAACCUCUCUCAAAAGUGGUGACGUAAAUGAAAAAUUUUGGAAAACUCACCUUUUCUACUACAUUGAACGUAUUCCAUUUGGUGCAUACCUACAAUUGCUUGUGUCACACUGGCCCUUAGGACUUUGGAACAAGUUUAUACCCCAAGCUUUGGACGAAAUGGUAGUAGUGGCGGUAGAAGUAGUUGUAGUGUUUGUUGUUGUUGCUGCUGUUUUUGUCAAAGUAAAACAGCAAUUGACUGCAACAACAUCUGAGUGGCUGGAACUUUUUUUAAUGACCAAUUUGGAGGCUAGUUUAAGAAUCGAUCUGUUUAGUAGAGGUAGUAGUAGUAGUAGUAGUAGUAGUAGUAGUGUUUGUUGUUGUCGCUGUGUAUGCUGUUAUUAACAAAUUAAAACUGUAAUUAACUGCAACAACGCUUGACUGGCUGAAACUUUGUUUGAUGACCAAUGUGGAGACAAGUCUAAGGAUCUAAGUGGUUGAUACAAAUAUUCUUGGUACAUAUAGAUUACUUCAUGGAAAAUGCGCGCGUACGAUUUUUAUUCACGAGUUGUGUAGUAUCAGAAAACGAACGAGUGAGCGCAGCGAACGAGUGAGAUUUCUGAUACGUAUCAACGAGUGAAUGAAAAUCGUACGCGCGCAUUUUCCAUGAAGUAAUCUCUAUGUACCAAGAAUAUUUGUAUAAAUGUGUUUAUUUCAUAGGUGCUGAGAUUUUUUCGUGUUGUCUUUGGUAGACAAAUAGCACAAAUGGGGCGAUGAAAAGCGUAAAAAGUAGUUUAAAAAUUUCUCAACAACAAGUUAAUAAAAGUGCAUAAAGUUCAUAACACUUAAGCUUACCUGUGUUCAUCAGAUAUCAAUCAAGUUCAAUGUAUAUUAAUAUUACAAUAAAGGAAGCCAUGCCAACAAACUACUUAGUGUCAUGUAAAGAGUGCGUACUCCGUACGCACUCUUACUCGCACUUUAGUGCGUACGGAGAUGAUAAAUUCGCUAAUGAAUUCAUUCAACUCAGCCGCUGGAAUAUCUUCAAUUUUCCUGUCUUCGUCCUUCGUUUUCAAAAAUCUUUCAAGCAAUCUUACAUCUCUUUCAGUUUUUUGAGCGGUAUUUUUGUUUUCUAAAAUGAAUUCUUCAACUGAGUAAACAGAAGCGAACCUUCCCUCGGCCAUUUUUCAAAGCGCGCGGGUUUUGUGCAACGGCUCUCGCAUGACGUUCUCUUCAGUACGUUCAUUCAUCAUUAGUGAAAUUUCGUCGUUCGCGUUGUUGAUUGGACGAACGAUAAUUUUUCACGGUGAAAUUUUGUCGUUCGUACUCCUGAUUGGCUACAUUUAGAAUCAGUACGAAUUUUAUUUACUACGAUUUUUGUGGGUAAAUCUCAGUACCUAUGAAAUAAAAAGCUUGGGAAAAUAGUUUGACUCUUCUGUAAAUUAACCCUUUGACCCCCAAGAAUGACUGCAUCUAAUUUCUCCUAACAACAUCAUCCCUUAAUCAAACAUUAAGGUCAUGAGAAUAAAGGAAAUGAUCACAACUAACGAAGCUCUUGAUCGUUAAACAGAUUCUCCUUAUCAGCAUCGUAGCAAAUGUAUGGAGAACAGUAUGGGGAAAGUAUAAUAAAGUAUAGAGGGUUCAAGAAUUGUUAAGAUUGUGUUGCCGCCUCAUUCUGAAAAAUGAACGAGCCAGAAAGGAAAUAAAUCUAGAAUCAUCUUCUCCGCUGCUCGAGAAACCACAAAAGUAGGACCUGAGAUGCGAUCAUUUAAAUGAUACCAUAAGGCAAGAAAAAUCUUGAGGAUAGGUUUUCAGUUCAAAAAUUAUUCAUGUUAAUCAAAAGCUGCUUAAGUUUUACAAAAAGCAUCACACGUUCAAAAUUCAAAUAUCAAGUUCAUUUUGCAUCAAUAAGUAUAAAAAACUAAUGAAUAUCUAUGAUGAUCCCUCGCCUCAAUUCUCCCGACAUUUUCCGCCAACUAAACUGAUGUACUGUUAAGCUGAAAGCAAAAGGAGCUCGAUGUAUUUGGUAUGAAACUCGAUGUGACUGGUAUUAAACUACUAAUGAUCUUGAAGCUAUUGCGUACUUUCCCUGUUGCUCGAAGAUAAAAGAAAAUGUGCUAUUCUGAAAUGGAAAAUUUAUCAAGUGUCCUGUAUUCUUACAAGAUAAGUGUCAGUAAACCGUUUCCUUGAAAAUGAGAUGUACAUGAGAUCAGCUUAAAGGUUAUGGUAGGUUGUGCUCGAAAUAUAUUUAAAAGGUUUAUCACAGACAGGGGAGGGCAUGUUUCAAAGUCGCUUCGGAAUAGAUUGAAAUAAGGCCUGCGCUGAAUUUGAUUACUGAAUUUCUAACUCUGAAUAUCGCAUCUCUAGUGCUCUGAUUCCAUCUCAUAUCCAAUGCGCACUCUAAAGCGCGCGCUUAAGCGCGAAACCUGCUCCGCAGCGUUUCGCUGAAAAGUCCAGAACCGAUUGUGUUUUUGUGCAAGUGAAAGAAAAAAUAUACAUGAAUAAUUCAAGUGGCAGGUGUUUUGAAAAGUGGGUGAAAAAGGAGCAUAAUAUUUUGACAUACAUCCAUCAUUUCGUUGCGCGCCACAAUCUCUGUUAGAAAUGUGCUCUCUAGUUUUUCUCCUUUAUUUUUUUCGAUUUUUCGCCGAAAAAUGACAGUAUUCAUUCAAGAGAUAUACAGCACCUGGAGUUUUAACAACACGCGCGAUACAUUAUAUUUGUAAGGCAAUUACAUCUAAUUUGUAUUUUAUGCAAAUAUAUUCGCCCUCUGUCACACCCAUUGCAAAGUUCAGCGAGUUCGUCGCUUCUGUCAACGCCACUGUAGAGUUACGCCACAAAUCGAGCUCUCAUGGCGAAACCUGUCGCCUACACGAAAACCACCGAAGAUGGUGACAUUCUUCUUAAUAUGGUGGAGCCAUCUUUCCACUCCAAACAGACAGAGACGAAGGGAUUGUAUUUGGACGACGCAGGAUCGAGAAAGAAAAUCGACUAUGUCCUUGUAUACGAGCGUUGCGAGGAGAAAGAAAAUAAAGAUGAAGAAGCCAAGGAAGAAGCCAAUAAACAUGAGGAAAUGAGGAGGGCGUAUGAAGAAAGUCUUGCAAACGCUGGGUUAAUCCUAGAACGGUCAGAGUGUAUAUCAUCUCAGGUUAGUGAUGACCUAGCAGAUUCAUUGCGUACAUUUGAAGCGUAGCCAAAACAAACUCAGUGUAGUUAGUCUGACUACCGCUCUAUUACAUAAGUACUUUCAAACUCUUUGCAAAGAAGUUUUUCGAAUGAGUGCCUUUAUUUAUUUAUUUUGUUUGCAAAAUAUGAAGCGUUAUCUCUUAUUCCGUACGGGAAAGUUAAAGAAAAGCGUUGAAUUCACUAGAUUUCUGAGGUUAUUUCAGAAUUCCAUCGGUCAACUCAGUGUCAUUCUUCACACGCAAGGGUUGGAGUGAGUUUAAUCAAGCAGCAAAACGUAAUUUUAUAACAGAAUCAGUCCUCUUGAAUGAAAUUCUUGAAAAUCAACUUUGGUUGUGCUUGGUAACACGCUUGGCAAUACAUUAACUCUAAAUUUGUGGAUAAACAAUCUCUUCGUCGAGAAUUCACGAAUAUUCUGCGAGAAGAUAAAUAUUCCGCUACGUUGAUUGCUAAAUCGAGCGUGUAUUUCUAAUAAUAGCUAGAAUUCUUUCGAGCUUUUUCUGAAUAUUUCAUCUAAAAUUUGGCGAGGGUUGUUCUUAAUGUUUUGCCUUUAGCAGUGAAAAAAAUUGAAUUCAGAACAAAUCGGAAUAUUUUACCGUCGAUUGCUGUUUACAAAGAAAGACAAAGAUAAAAUCAUUUGACUUUCAAAAGCAUCCAACUUGAUCUGUUAUCUAAAAGACUGAGCGAUGAAAGCGUUCGGAAAAUCAUUGCGAUCGAUUUUCGCAAACUGGGGUACGUGCUUCCUAUUGAGGACUUCAUUUUCCUAGGGGUUUAUUUUCUGUUUGUCCUUCAUAGUGGAAAAUCCUUCAGGGAAUACACGACCCUUGCUAAAUUAGCAUUCACCGCUGGAUGUAAACAGGAAAUGUAAAUGAAGAGUAUUUUACCUUCCCGGAUUCAAUCGCCAUUAAUACUGAAACUGAAAAUUAAAAGGACUAAAGCAAUUCUAUUUCCAUCUUGUAACAAUUACUUAGGAAUUUGAAAAUUUACUUAUCUUCCAAAAUUGAAUAAUAUACCUUUGAGAAGCUACUAGCCAUAAUUUGACAUUCUUGAAGUAAAGUUUUGGUCACUAUAGACAACGACUUUCACUCUUCUCCUCGAUUUGAAUCAACCUUAUAUUUUAAUUUAAACAUAUUUAGAGCAUUUUCUCCCAGGACAUGCAUGCUUAUUUAGAGAGCUCAUGAAAAAUACCAGCAUCCAGCAAAUAGAAUCUUCGGUAAAGGCUUGAAAAAAACUUAAAAACCCAGAGCACAGCUCUUCGCAUAUUCUUGUUUAGUAUUCAGUAACGUUUGUCAAUUCUUUCUUCUCCGAGCUAUUCAUGUAUUAUCAUGCAUCAGAAAGUCGGUUGCUACAGCAGAAAUUGCGAAAACGACUUACUGCCACACAAAAGCACUAUUUAACUUUCCCAGUGAGUUAUCAUUAUUCGCUGUAGUUUUCUUGCUUUAGUUGUAAGCACAGUGACGAAAUGAUAGGUCAGUGUGCAGCAUGCAGAGUCCGCUUGUUAGAACAGCACCUUUCUUUAAAACAUUAUGAAAACAUUAUGCUCCUGAUUGCUGUUAAACGUAGCUAGGGCAAAAGUUGGUAUAUUUGAGUUUGAAAAUAAAAAUUCACUUGUUAGGCGUACUACGUACUCUGCAUAGGCCGUAGUAGAGCAGCAGAGAACUUUGAGUAGGUAUAACUGCGUACAUUCUGCGGGAGAAACGUCAUCGACGCACAUCGAUCGCGAGAACUGACAUGUUCAAAACAACUGUCUUUGAAAUUUCAAAAACCCUAGAAAGUUCAAAACUCAACUUUUAACGCGUGAGUGAUAUAGCUUAGCUCAUUACAAUGUGUUCAAUGAUGCGAAAUCUUUUUAAGGAAACAAAGCACCCGUGCCUGAUUUCUUAUACAAAAUCUUACCUUACGAUGAAAGCAAUGAGCCGAGAAGCAUAAGUUUAUCACGCCCAUUUAUUCUCUAAGCCAAACUGACGCUUUACUGAAGAGCUUACCGAAAUACAGGAAACCCAAGAUGAAAAAUGGAUUAAACGGCUAUUCCAGAUUAAGCCAAGAUGAAGAGGAUAAAAAUGACAAUACACAGCUAGAAUUAAGGGAGGAAUCAGAUCGAAGAUUGCCGAAAGGAGUAUAUUUCAGCGACGAUGCACAGCCAGCAAAGCACAUCGACUACGUGUUAGUUUAUGAAACAAAUCAAAAGGACCAAGCUAAUUCAAAUGACAGUAAGCAAUAUCAACGGAAAGCUUUUGAAGAUUGCUUAAGGAAAGAAGGGCUUAAAAUAGAAUACGAUGAGAUCGUCUCUGCACAGGUGGGGCUACCCUCGCUGGUUGUUGUUCUCAUAGUUUGCCGAGCUCUGUUAUUCAUCAUGAAUUGCCAAUUCUCCUUCUUGCUUUGUUUGAACACGCAUGAUAAUGGAUGGAAAAGAUGAUGCUUUUCAAUUAUAUAUGUUGCUUGAAAUUACCUUGAGAAAAAAACAAAACUGCACGCUUUAUCGUAAUGAUCAAUAUUGUCAAGCUUCACACAAUAAUAUCAUUGAUCUAAUGCUAAUAUUUCAUUGUCUUUCUCAUAAACCCUUCGGAGCAAGUUCAGUUAAUGCCAGACUCGAAACGUAUAAUGGUAGAGGCCAAUAAGGGCGUAAAAUGUACUUCACGAAAUGCUAAAAUUGCUAAAUUUUAUCAAAAGGAAGUUAGAAAAGUUAAAAAAAACUCUUGCUGCUUGCUGAAAGUUUCCUUCCAUCUUCAUUGAAGGGGCACGAUCACGAGUUAUGGAAAACUGAGCAGUUAAUUACGUAACAAUAUACAAUUGCCAUCAUCUUCAAAUAUCAUAUGACUCUCGAUUAUUGCCUUAUUGAGAUAAAUUUCGCCCACCUUUUUAAAGUUAAUAUACUGAACACUACUAGUAAGCGUUCAAACAAACAUGUGUUCGUGUGUCAUUAAAAUCGUCCAAAAAUUAAAUAGAGAGUUAGCCAAUAAAUUUAACAAAUUUAACUUACCUCUAUCAAAUACGCUUGGGCCUAGCUUGAUUUAGGGCAGGCAAAAAUCUUUUAUCCCCAGACUAGUUUAAAAGCGAGCGAUUUAUUGAAAAGAGCUUUGUUACGUUUCUGAACGUAGCAUCUGUUGAUCGAAACUUCUUUAGAUUAAAUCUUAUGUAUGUUUUUUCUACCAGGAUCCUGAAGUCAAGCGACACUUUGUCCUUAUUCAUGCUCCGUGGCCCGUACUGGCGAAAAAAGCGGAGGCGAUGCGUCUCAAAGUUCCAUUUCAAGAAAACGAUAUUGUGUUCAAAUCAUGGAUGGAGAAGACAAUCGGAAGCGAAAGAAUGCAGUCACUGCGUCGGAGAAAUCCCUUGAUUGUGCAAGAUUCUACUUUGGAAGACAAAGGCAGCUACUUCAUGGCUAACUUCAAGGAAGCUGAGGUUACCAAGUUUGUCAAUCACCACAACAAGGCGGAGUUCUUUGACAACAUUGACCGCAUAUACAUUGUGCAGCAAAUUUGCUUCAAUGCUCGCUUUGCAGAAGGUCGACAUGGUGUUGGGCUCAGAAGAAUGAUUUAUGAAGGUGCCUAUGUGGCAGGAUACCCACUUCAUGAUGGUCCCGUUGCACUUGAACCCGAUGAGGAGCCUUCAAAUGAUCGACAGCGAUUGCAUCGAGACUGGGCCAGAUUUGGAAGGUUUUAUAAAUUCCAGCCGUAUGGAGCAAUCAAGGAUUACUUUGGCAGUGAAAUCGCCCUGUACUUUUCUUGGCUUGGAUUUUACACGGCAAUGUUAGUACCUCUCGCCAUCGUUGGUCUUGUUGUGUUUCUGUAUGGAAUUGUCUCCGCGGGCUCUCACAUUCCAGUCAAAGAUGUCUGCGAUAAGGGAAACAUAGACGAAUGGUAUAUGUGCCCAUUGUGCGACAGGCAGUGUAGCUACUGGGAUCUAGCUUCGUCCACCUGCCUCUAUGCCUACGUCACACAUUUCUUUGACAAUGAUUGGACAGUGGGCUUAGCUCUCAUCGCGUCUGUCUGGGCGACGCUGUUCCUUGAGUUCUGGAAGCGUCGGCAGGCUAGUCUUGCUCAAGAGUGGCACACAGAUGACUUUGAAGAAGAAGAGGAACCUCUUCGUCCUGAGUACUCUUCAACCGUAACUACCCUGAAGAAAAAUGAAGCCACUGGAAAGAUGGAGCCGUACGUACCCAAGUUAACCAUUUACAGGCGGUAUGGUGGGGUUUUUAGUAUUAUCAUUUUCAUGAUUUUCCUUGUCAUCGCUGCUGUGGUUGGUGUAGUCGUUUAUCGAGCUGCAGUUUUUGCUUCCUUAAGUGGAAACAAAGACAAAAAAAUCCAAACACGUGCCAGGAUUAUUACCUCAGCAACUGCAGCUCUCCUCAAUCUUCUCGCAAUCAACCUCUUGAAGUUCGCUUACAGCAAACUGGCCGUCUGGUUGACUGACUGGGAGAACCCGCCUACGCGCACCGACUACGAAGACAGCUUCACUUGGAAAAUGUACUUGUUCCAAUUUGUGAAUACAUAUGCUUCAAUCUUUUACAUCGCCUUUUUCAAGUCAGGUUUAGUGGUUGGAACCCCUGGCAGGUACAAGCGCAUAGGCGGUCGAUUCCGAUUGGAUGGCUGCAGCGAGCAAGGAUGCUUCUUAGAGCUUUGUGUUCAGCUUCUCAUCAUCAUGGUCGGGCAGCAGAUUAUUGGCAACGUCACCGAAGUUGUUAUACCGUAAGUAACAAAAUAGGUCGUUAAAAAAACCCGAUAAGAAAGUAACCUCUCUCUCAAACGAACUAAGAAUACGAUAUCACAUCUAAAACUGUGUUCUUGACGAGUUAGAGUUAUAUCUUUCAACAAUCUUGAAACAUGUAAUUUGCGUAUCUUCUAGUUUCAAGUGGAAAACGUUACUGCACUCUGCCUGUAUAAGUAAAUUUGUAUUAUAAAUUCCACCCAGAGUAUAUCGGCUUCUCAUAUUCUCUUGAUUUUACAACUAUUACUUUGACUUGGUUCUUUGCCUUGCUAACUAGCGGUUUUCAAUUGCAAUGCUUAUUAAUAAGUUAUCAUAAUUUCUUCACAGAUAUGUCAUGUACUGGUUGAAGAGGCGCAAAGAAACUAACCAAGACCAACCACGGUACCAGCUUGACUUUGAUCUGAGUCCUCAAGGAGACCAUUACAUGUUUUGGGAGUAUCUCGAAGUUGGUAAGCUGUAAUAUUUUUGUGAUUCAGUGACAAGUUCACAUUAGAAGCUUCAUCCGCCGUUCCACAAGAGAUCGCAGUUUGGAUUGUUUUCUACAGACCUUACGUAAUUCAACAUUUCUUGGAAACCUCUGACAAACAAAAAUUAAGCGAUGUAUUUAAGUUAUUUAUUAGUCCAAAUUGUGUAACUCUAUAAACUGGGCGGUGCUUUGAUCGAAAUCAAUCCUAGAUCAACAGUGACUAAAAGGGAGGAACAGGUAAGCGUCAUCAAGGCUACGAUGUCUUUUUUUUCUUUCAGCAAACACAUUGAAAAGGUGCCCAUGCUUCGGACACGUAACGUUCGAUCUAUAUACUGUCUAAUAUAUGCAUGUUAUUCAACUUGCAGUUUUACAGUAUGGAUUUGUGACCAUGUUCGUGGCUGCAUUCCCUCUUGGUCCUCUCUUUGCCCUCCUUACUGCUAUAACUGAAAUCCGUGUAGACGCCAUCAACUUUGUAUCGCAGUUUAGGAGGCCAGACGCUGCACGUGCUGAAGACAUCGGAGCCUGGUUCCGAAUCCUUGAGGGUGUGACAAAAAUUUCAGUCCUGGUAAAUGCCUUUGUGCUGGCCUUCACAUCAGAGUACAUCCCAAAGCUUCUUUACAAAAUGAAGUAUGCUCCGGACCGCGAAUCUCCAGGAGGAGGCACCUUGAAUGGAUACAUCAACAACUCUUUGGCGUAUAUUAAUAUCACAUACCUGUUCGAGCAAGAACCUGGAACAGAACCAGAAAAUGCGCUUGAAAAUCUUAAUUAUACCAGGAAAGAAUGCAGGUAACGGCAUUUUUUUAAAUUUGUUUCCUCUUCUCUCCUUUUUAUUUUUAUCAAAUGCUGUUGUUUUUGUUAACGAUAUCGAGGCAGCCCCUUUUUUUCUCAUAAAAUGCAAACAUAUAUUUCAUCAUUUUAUGCAAAACUUUACUUGACAUGUUGUGUCCUUGUGGUUACUGCAAGAGGACUGGGUUCUAGUCUCAGGGAAUCAUUGACCGGGUUUUCAAGUUCUUCCAGAUAUUACAUCAUAUUGCCACAUUGCUUAUCUAUGACUAAAGUGAUUCUUUAUUUGUAUGUCUUAGGUAUAAUGGCUAUUUUGCAUCGGAUCCACCCUAUAAACAGAACAAGCAUUACUGGCACGUGAUAGCUGCCCGCCUCGCUUUCGUGUUUGUGUUCCAGUUCUUUGUGUACCUCAUCACAAGUUUCAUCGCCUACAUGGUACCUGAUGUUCCAAAGGAUCUGGAUUUGAAGGCCAAACGAGAACAGCAUUUGACGAAGUUGGCGUUUAGAAAGAAGUAUGAUAUUGAUGAAAGCAAUGGUGACCAUCACGUACCCCCAGAUAAUGAGAUGCUGUAAUGAGAUCAAUAUUUGACAUAAUUUCAAAACAACUGUAGAAGUAGAAUACAUAACUGACCAUUACGAGCCACAAAUAUAAAAGGUAAAUUUCAGAUCUUAAAAAAUUAUUCUUUCAGCUAAAUGAGGAAUACACGAAAAGUUUUCUCAUUGUCGCCAUUGCAAAUGCCCAUUUUUCAAUUGUUUCCAAGGGCUUUAAAUUUUUCUACGUAGUUAAACCUUUUCAUAUUAGUUGGCUCAUAGCUUAAAGAAAAUUUACUUGCGUGCAAUGUGUUCUGAACAUGUAGGAAUAUCUUGUACUUCACAAUUUCCUUUUGGUAAAAGGUUGAAUUAUUUUUAUAUAAUAAGCAAUUUUCGCGGUUUUGACCCUUCUAAAUUUUGAGACGUAAGAAUGUUCAUUUCAUGUUCUAUUGCAUUUCAGAGCAAGUACCAUAUCUCAAAAUAAUUCGAUAUUUUCGAAUCUUGCAUUUAUAUUUUGGCUCUCCGUGCUGAUUAUUCCCAGUAGUUUUAACAUACUCAACUCCCUGUUAUAUAAACAGUGGUUUAGUUGAGAAACUGUUACUGAUAACCUUAAUCUAGAAAAGUGUUUGAUUAUUUCGCUUGGUGCUCUAGAGUUAAAUGUUAAGAACGAAAAGCAUCGUUGGUUGUAAAGUGUUUUUUUUCUCUGUAAAAGACCCAGCGUGAGAUUGCAAUAAACUACAAUUGAAUCUUCAAUUCAUCGCCUGCAAAGUUACAAAUGAUCAUUUUCAUCUAAGAUGAGAAUUGAAAAACCCUUAGGGUUUGUGAUAGCGUUCUCGAUAAUUGCUUCAUUGUCUCCCUUUUAAGUUGACAGAGAGCUUUGUCACAGGAUACUCUCACAAGCAGCCUCUGAUUCUCACACAUAAGUUCGAGGAAAACCUUUGAAAUGAAAUUUCCUAUAUUAUUGCGGACAUUUUAAAUCUCUCCGUCCCAAAAGGAUUAGACAGCGGUAAAGCUGUCCCUAUUUAUCAGACCUCUUAUCACAGGUAAUAAAAGUAUCGUUCAACUGCAGUGUGAAAAGAAACAUGAUUAUUAAUUUCCUAAGGGAAUAACAGCAUUAUUUCUUUAUCUUUUUUCUUCCAGUUCGAAUUCCUUUUCAUAAACCUGAAAUGGGUUUACAAUGCACAAAGCCUCCGCACAAAAUAACCGAUGGUAGCCUGAAGAAAUUCAGUUCUCUUGAAAAUAAGGGUCCUCAGUCAAGCCAAUGGACACCGCUGGAUACAAAUGUCAUUUAGAAGUUUUUUACCUGUGAUGAUAUCAAUCGUAUGUGAUGCAGAACACCAGAGGAUAACAAUUACAACCUUUUGAAAAAAUUUCGGCAAAACUCUGUCUGAAGUUAUUAUUUGCCAUGCCACAAUAGGUAUCAUCCUUUAUCAUAAUUUUAUCAUAACGGUGUACCUAACAUGUUUUACUCUAGUGUUUACCAGUCAUUCAUACGGUUUAUAAUUUACUCCAUUUGUACGUACCAGUUAGUCAUUUAAACCGCCAACGCCCUCCUUAUUAUACCAGGUGUUCUAUAUCCACGUUUUUGUUCAGUUUUGCUGGUGGAAUUAUGAGUCAGCUUGUUUUGUUUCGUCACCCCCUGGAACGCUCGCUUCAUUCUCAGCUACAGGUGUUUUUCUGAAUACUCCUCAGCCCAAAACGUAAUAAUGACUCACAUGAUAAUUUAAAAAAAAAGUACCACUAUGUUCCUUGAAAAGGUUAUCUUCCUCAUUGCAUAUCAUCUAUGUUUAACCUUCAUGUUUUCGAGCAUGAAGAGUUUUCUCUACACCAAAAACGUUGGAAAACAUCCAAAUAUAGCGAGCCAGUAAAAACCAUUUAAAGGACGAAAAUUUGCCAAGCUCCUGUCAAAAUUUUGACCGCUUUGAAAGCGAUUUGUUUCUAUUUAACAUACUUCGCUAUGACCGAUAGUUACUUAGUCGAAAUAGUGCUCCUGCAGUAUAAUUACUUUACUUUCGCAUGAGAUGAUGAAUCGGACUGUUGUCACAAAGCCGCUUUACGAUAAUUGAGCGGAUAUUUCCAUUAACUACAAGUACAGAAGCAUCACUUCUAGUAAUAAAUUAUUAAUGCUGUCAUGUGUCAUGGGCCCAUGCGUUUCCAGAAUAUCAUAAAAGCAGCUUGAAUUAAUAAUAACGGCGCGAGUUUUUCAACGCUGAUUCGCAUUUCGAAGCCAUUCUUAACGCCUUUUGAAAUUUUCGCCUGCUUUAAAAGGACAUUGAACCUAACACAUCCUGCCAACGUAUUUCUCCAACAAGAAUUCCUUAAUCUAAUCGCACCUGUCAUCACCUGGCCACCGUUGCAAAGCUGGAAAUAUAAAAUUGAUAUGGAAAGGGGAUCCUAUGCGAGAUUGGACCGAAUCGAUAACAUCCAGAUAGAGUUGAAUGAAAAAUCGCAAGUAUCCCUUGAAGACGAUCCAAGCGAACUACACAAGAGAAAUAAAACCUACGAAAAGCAUGUUGAUUACGUUUUGGUUUACGAAACUCCAAAGGAUGUCAGUGGAAUGGAUGAUGAUGCUCUCGCAAAACAAAGGAAACUUGUCGCAUGGCGAUAUUCAUUUGAAAAAUGCCUUGAAAAUAAACUAGGGUUGGAUCUGCAGCGUAAGACUGUGAUCAUCGGGGAGGUAAAUAAUUAUAGAUUAGAAAUUCUAUUAUUGCUAUUUCAUUUUAUCACAUUCAAUGUUUAUUUAGAGGCUUAUAAGGCCAUGUUUUAAUUUGCAUUAUUCGCAGAGCUUUUCAGUAAAUUUUCAUUCUCCAAGUUUUCAUAGCUAACAAUAGCCGCCUAGAAUUUUAUCGAUCUUUUAACAUUCUUUAAUCUGAUUUAUAAACUCAAACGAAUAGGAGAAUUUCAAUAUUAAUUGCAGGGUAAUGGUUGAAAGUACUCACUAAAGCCUUGAAGAAAAAUAUUUACCCUGUAAAGCUUUGCGGUAAAAGUACCAUCACCUCGACACGCUAAGAGUAGGAACUACUUACGUUAGCUACAUGAAAAGUAACCAUCUGGGUGAAUUACGUUGCCGUUAGAAGAGACUCUGUCGGGGGAAGGGACAGCGAUGAAAUGUUUUAUAAUACAGCCGCAUAUUCUCUCCUUUUCCAGUUUAAAUUCGAUUAGCUCUUGUUUAUAUCAUCAAUGUUCAUGUAAAAUUUUGAAUUUACUUUUCAUGCAUUAUGCAGGAUCCAGAAAUAGAACGUCAUUUUGUGCUGAUCCAUGCGCCUUGGAAUGUGUUGGCACAGAGUGCUGAGCGGAUGAGAUUAAAGGUUCCUCUUCGACCCAAUGACGCGGUAUUUUCUUCAUGGAUAGAGAAUAUAAUUGGUCACAAAUUGUUCGAAAAGCUGCAGAGCAAAAAUCCUUUUGUCCUUCAUGAUUCCACCCUGGGCGAAAAGCCGAGCUUUUACAUGGCUCCCUUUCUAGAAGAUCACUUGAGCGAGUAUGUGAACAACGAGGACAAAGAGAGCUUUUUUAAAGUCUUGGAUCGCCACUACAUCGUCCAACACUUGCUUCAAAAUGCCCGGUUUGCCAGAGAACCGGACGGGGUCGGGCUACAAAGGCUUCUUCUGGAUCAGGCUUACCUCGCUGCGUAUUCACUUCAUGAUGGCCCAGAUUCGCAGGAAGAAGGAGAAGCUGCAACAAAUGAUCGACAGAAGCUGAAAGCAGACUGGGCAAGAUUUGGCAGAUUCUUCAAACAUCAACCUUAUGAUGCCAUCAAGGAUUACUUCGGACACGAAGUCGGCCUCUAUUUUGCCUGGCUCGGAUUUUACACCGCCAUGUUGUUUCCUCUUGCCAUUGUUGGCUUGCUGGUAUUUAUCGCUGGUGUUAUUUCAGCAGGCUCCUACAUCCCUGUUCAAGAUCUUUGCGACGAGAAAAACAGAGGUCGUUGGUAUAUGUGUCCAUUGUGUGACAAACAGUGCAGCUUUUGGAAUCUAGCUCCCGACGUCUGCAUGUAUGCUUACACAACGCAUCUGCUUGACAACGAUGGAACUGUGUUCCUUGCUUUUGUUGUGGCCAUCUGGGCCACGCUAUUCCUUGAGUUUUGGAAACGUCGCCAAGCAUCCCUCGCUCAAGAAUGGCACACCUCUGAGUUUGAGGAAGAAGAAGAACAAUUUCGUCCUGAAUACAGGAAAAGUUUACCAAAAGAACAGUUGCAAAUGUUUCUCUUUAAACGUAACCCAGAGACCGGAAAAAUAGAACCUGUAGUUUCCAAGGUUAAGACGUACCGAAGAUAUGGCACAGUCUUUGCUGUGGUAGCUUUCAUGAUUCUUCUAGUUCUCGGAGCUGCAGUUGGCGUAGUGGUAUACCGUGCCGCCAUGUUUGCUGUACUGAGUGGUAGCAGGGAAAACAAUGUUCAAAAACGUGCUCGUAUCAUCACGGCGGCAACGGCUGCGCUUAUCAAUCUUGUUUUUAUAAUGUUUUUGUCCAAAGUGUACGAGAAGCUGGCAAUUUGGCUCACUGACUGGGAAAACCCACCCACAGAAAGCGCUUACAAGGACAGUUUCACAUGGAAAAUGUCUUCUUUCCAGUUCGUCAAUAACUAUUCAGCCUUAUUUUAUAUUGCUUUCUUUAAAUCAAACCUUAUUGUGGGAUCUCCUGGAAAAUACAGGAGGCUGAUGAGCAAGUAUCGAUUAGACGGCUGUAGCGAGCAGGGAUGCUUUUUGGAACUUGCUGUUCAACUUUUUAUAAUCAUGGUGGGAAAGCAGAUUUUCUUCAAUAUAUUUGAAAUGGCGAUGCCGUAAGUACCAAGGACGUUCUUUUAGAGAGCUUGAAUCUUUUCGGAAUUUGUUUAUUUCUUUCGUUAGCACAGUUUCAAACCUAACAGCCUAUUCUAAGUGCGCAUGCUCUCAUUUGGUUUUAGAUAUUUGAGUCUGUUGAAGAAUCGGCGUAACAAAGAGAAUCCAGAUGACUGUCGUCAGUACGAAAGCGACUACGAUCUAACUGCAUGUGAAAAGCAUUACAUGUUCUGGGAGUACUUAGAAAUUGGUAAGAAUUGAUAUCUUUUCAACUCAGCUGAAUUUUCAAAAGCCGUUGUAAGGCCAAGUUCAUGAUUGCUAAGCAAGUGGAGCAAAUUUGUAACUCAAAUGGAACAUUGAAAAAUUCAAAUCAUGAGAAUAAUAAUAAUAAUGAUGAUGAUGAUGAUGAUGAUCAUAGUCAUAAUAACGAUGAUAAUAAAUAUAUAUAUAUAUAUAUAUUGCAUAAUAAAUCGAUGUGUAUUUGAAUAUAAUAUUCGGUCUUUCUCUCGUUUAAUUGGUAAACUUGCGCAUCGUGAUUCGCUAAUAUCGACACCAACUUUACUGUUACAGUCUAAAGAUCCAUUUCAGAAAUUUUUUUCCCCAUUUACAGCUACUUGGUGGAGACCUCAUGUAGCCGCUUCUGUAAGAAGCCCUGUUAUCUCAAGAUAACAUAGAACUAGUCUAUAAAAUGCAUUUUGGCCUCUGCUGAUACAUCUAGAUUGUAUGCUCACUGAGGCAAAGGGUGGCAAUCUCAGAAUUGAAUCAUUCUUGACUAAUUUCAGUUUUACAGUAUGGCUUUGUGACCAUGUUUGUGGCUGCGUUCCCACUCGGCCCGUUGUUUGCCUUUAUCAACACCAUCAUUGAGAUCCGUCUGGACGCUAUCAAGUUCUUGUGCCACUUUCGCCGACCGGAUGUCGCCCGUGUUGAGGACAUAGGGGCCUGGUACGACGUCCUAGAAGCUGUGACAAGAGCUUCAGUGCUGGUGAAUGCGUUCAUACUCGCUUUCACUUCAGAGUUUAUCCCGAAACUCCUUUACAAAGUCAUGUACGCUCCUGAUCGUCAUUCCUCAGGUGGAGGCACUCUGAAGGGAUACGUUAAUUUUACACUAGCUGCCAUAGAUUUGAAUACCCUCUACUCAUGGGAAAAUGGAACCCAGCCAGACAACCCGACAGAAAAUCUAAACUACACAAGAAGUCAUUGCAGGUAGUUAAAUAGCUUUCAUCGCAAUAGCAAUAGAGUGUUUAGAGUGGUGGGAGGUUCAUGGUAACUUAGGGUAGCUUCAUUUGGAGCUGCUGUCUUUCUGAAAUGAAAUCUGUCUUAGAAAUGACCGAUCUAACCUAGAUUAAUUGCUGUUUUCAGCUUCCUUGUGCUCCCCAAGAGGUACAAUAGUCUUGGGGCAGAUGUUUACCCUACAGUAUUUGCCAUACACACAAAAAAAAAGCAUUCGUUUCAUGUUCUGUUUCCUCUGUGAAUAGA